UGUCUACUCGAGGAGGAUGGAUUCAUUCAUAAGACAAGAUCUGCUACUGUGCACCGUAAUACAGGCGAAAGUCCACAGUCGUACAGUGAACGGACUUUAUGGAUCUACAAUCACAUUUUUGAUAAGCAAAAGACGAUAUCUCCGAGGAUUUCAAGCUAAACGAGCGGACCUUUUAACGGACUCAACUUGGACACUUCCCCCUUAACAAGGGGAACUGGAUUAAAGCUUCUUCAUGCAACUUUUUUGGAAAGAGACCAAGAGCAUCUCACCGGGGAGUAACAAAAAGAUCACCACCGUAUGCUACCUGCCCUUUAGUUCCUAAUCUUCUUGGUUAUACCGGUGCCCUGUUGCUGCAGGUGACAUCGGCAACACUCCGGUACCUGCAGGUGUCUCUUUCUCUCUCGGUCCCUCCUGGGAGAUGUACCAAGGGUUCCCCGGUGACGCAGACAGCGGAUCCCGUGGAAGCUCGUCUCCAUCCAUCGAGUCACAGUACCUUUCCUCCGUGGACUCCUUCGGGAGCCCGCCGACCACCAGUGCUCCGCAGGAGUGUGUGUCAGCAGGAGCUGGCCAGAGCAUAGUGGGCAGCGGGCCAGGAACUAGUGUUGGAGGGGAAAUGCCUGGUUCAUUUGUGCCCACCGUCACCGCCAUCACCACCAGUCAGGACUUGCAGUGGAUGGUACAACCAACCCUCAUUUCCUCCCAGGCCUCUGGACAUAGUGGGUCCACUGGCACCACAACCAUGACCCAGCCAGUGUCACUGGUUGACCCAUAUGACAUGCCGGGCCCCAGUUAUUCUUCUGGGUCUGGGUUCAACCCUCUAAGUUCUGAAACGCAAGGCCCCGCACCGGGCCCCAUCCGCCAAUCCAGAACCCGUAGCCGCCGUACACGAGACGAGUCUGUGAGUGAAGAUGGAGAUGUUGGUGUGUUACUUUCACCUGAGGAAGAGGAGAAGAGGCGUGUUCGUCGAGAGAGAAACAAGCUGGCAGCCGCCAAAUGCAGAAACCGCAGACGAGAACUCACAGACAGACUGCAGUCGGAGACGGACAUUCUGGAGGAGGAGAAGGCCGAGCUGGAAGCUGAGAUCUCUGAGCUGCAGAAGGAGAAGGAGCGCCUGGAGUUUGUCUUGGUGGCCCAUCAGCCCAAUUGCAAGAUCCCAUACCAGGACCAGUCCCAGCAGGGCUCAGCGCAGCUCCCUCCAGUGCCGCCCCAGCUCGCCCCCCAGACCUUACAUCCUCCUGUCUCCAUUGUGGGCUUGGCUGUGAAGGAAGACUCUUUCUAUCUGCCUCCUGCCUACACAGCCCAUCCGUCCUCUACACAUUCCCAGCCUACGGUUCAGCAGCAGCAGCAGCAGCAGCAGCAGCAGCAGCAGCAGCAGCAGCAGCAGCAGCAGCAAGUCCAGCCGCAGUCUCAGCCAGGGAUGAUGCAGGAGGUAGAGUUUUCUAGUUCUUUCUAUGGCUCAAGUGAGCCAACACAAGGCGGGCCGUGCCUUAUGGCCAGCGACAGUGGUGGUGGUGGUGGUAACCAUGACGAUGCGGCCAUUGGCAGCUACAACACCUCAUACACAUCUUCAUUUGUGUUCACCUACCCAGAGGGAGCCUGCGGGGUCAGUGCCAACCAGCGGAACAGCAGUAGCGAGCAGUCAUCUGAUUCCUUGAACUCGCCUUCGCUGCUGGCGCUCUGACUGACCGACAGACACACGCGCACACAUAUCAACAUGCACACACAUUAUGCUGGCUGGAAGUAGAGCCAGAGGCAAGUACAUGCACAGUUCCUUCAGUAUCAGCCUCAAAGAUUGAGAAAAAAAAAUCAUUUGAAUGAUUGAUUCAAAGUUUCAACAUUCUAUAAUGCAUUCCAAUAAAGAGCCAUACAAAUAGUUGCACAUAAUAUUAGAUUUUACAUUUAACAUUGAGCUUAAACAAAAGAAAGUUUCUUUUUUUAUAUGAUCAGUAUACCUGAAAAUGGACAAGAGGAGUGAAUAAGACUGAGUCAAGUCUAAGAUGCCAGCACAAGUGCUUUGAAUUACCGGAUUAUUUCACACAUAAUAUUCUAAAUCUUCAACAUGUACAGUACAUUGACAUGCCAAAGGGCACCACAGCCCCCACCUUGUUCCCUCUGUCGGUUGCCCAAUGCUCUUGCUCUCAUCCUUCUUCCAUCCUUUUCUCCCUUCUUCCUCUUGCUGAAUGUAUUUGUGCAAAUCUGAAAUAGGGACGAAGGACACCUUGUUCAGGGUCUUUUCUUGUGGGAGACAGACAGCUGAUUUCUUGCUCACCUCUUACUCUUCAUCUGCUCGACUUUCUUCUGCUUCUCCAUCUGCUGCUUGGACUUGGCAAGUUUGGGAUCUGAUUGUCACAGCCACCACUAUAUCUUGUGCUUUCUUCUCUGGUUUUUUAAAAACUUUUUUCUGCCGUCUGCCAUGCGACCCAUCUCUGCCCAUCUCUUUUUCUCCUCCUCUGUCUCUCUGUUUCUUCUUCUCUCUGAAGUCCUCGACCCCCUGAGAGCCCGAAGACCCCCUCCAGCCCUUGGGACCUUGAGUGAAAGACAAGCCAGCUUACACACCAUUUUGCACCUUCUGAUAAAAGGACAUGGACCCUGCUGAUUCAGAAGAAUAUUUUAUUUUCUGAGCGGAUCCUUACAGAGAACAGCAGCUAAAAACACAAGCGCACAUAAACGCAUAAUCAAUGAACGCAAAAUGCAAGACAGAUGCCACUGUCUCCUGCUGAGCCAUUUUUUAAUGAUGAGAUAAAUCUUUUGUUCAAAGUGAAUAUGGAGAGAGGUUUAUGAGGAAUUAAGGAAGGAAGCCCAACCAAGCUGGACAGACUCAAAUGGGAGAUGAUGAAAAAAGUGAUGACGCCCAUUCAAACAAUCGAUUUUUGGAACCAAAUGUUUAAAACAAAGCAAAAAAAAAAAAAAGAAGAAAGAAAAAAUCCUGCUUUUGCCAACUGUGUGGAAGGCUGACCUCAGAUAAACACCUCCAUACCACAGAGCCUCAUCACCCUGGGCCUACAUGCGCACAUACACAACAUCGCUUUAAAGUCUCUGAACUGAAGAUACAGUUGUUUUGUUGCAGCGCACCAGCUCGGUGUUUUGCUAAGAAUCAAUCAGAUGUGAAUGCCUUUAUUUAGAGGAGAGACUGUUUUUUUGUAGUGAUUCAGACAACCUCUAAACAUUGGGCUCAGUGGUCUCUGUACCUCCUCUGUUCUCUCAGCGGAGACGAGGCGGGGUGCGUUUAUUGUGAGUGCGUCCGUCCACUCUGAGGCACCUGGCCCGUUUAUUUCUUUCUUUAUUGAGGUUGAUAUGGCGUGAGCACAAAGCAAGCCUGGAAAAAAAAAGGGGGGAGAACAUGUGGGCUGAUGUCGAGGAGUGAGCGUCCCUUUGCCUGUGAAUUUGUACGACUUGUUUUUCCUGUAUGUUUGAGUGAGAGUUGUUCUAUAUUUUAUAUAGAACUAUAUCUAUAUUUUUAUGUCUUUGUUCGUUUGUGUAUCUGUUUUGCGUAGACCUCUGCUUUUAUUUGUACUGUUGUCGUAUCUUGGUUUUGUUUGUCUUUUUUUUUUUCAAUCGAGAUAUUUCCUUAUAACUGUUACUAUUAUUGCCUUGUAACAAUUGUUUUUUUAUUUUAUUGUAUUUUCAUUUGGCAACUUUGGAGGCAUGUUGUGCACUACAAAAAAAAAAUCUUAAAAGUCUAUAUGCAUAUACAUACGUAUAUACAAAUCAAAUGUAUAUAAAAGUGUAUGAACCAUGAUUGUAAAGUAUGAAUGUUUGCGGAUCUUAAAUGGGAUAUUUUUGUCAAUGAAGAACAAGAAAAGAUGUUACUGAGGUUUAGUUUUAAAAUGAAUAUUUUUCUAAAGGAACAAAAAAGACUAUAACACAUUAAAGUACUGCCCUGUCCCUAAAAAUGAAGCACGAUGUCACUGCCUCUGUCAAUGUGUAUUUAUGUUUUAUAAACAAUAUAAAGCACUAUACAAGUUACAUUCAAUGUAUGUUUAUUAUGAUGAUGGUUGUGGUAACGCCUUUGUUUUGUUUCUUCAUUUUUUUCUGUGUGAGGUCUGUCCUAAUGCUACUGACACCUUAAUGCCACUUGAUCCUUAGCAGAUCAAAAUGAGGGGGAAAAAAAAAAGUGUGAUUGAAUGUUAAUACACGUAUUAAAAGUGUUCAGACUACAACAUAAAGACUAAACUGUUUCAUUUUAAAGGGCAAAGUAUUAAUAACCCAGUAUGCAUUUCUGUCCAGUAUAAACAUAUCACUCCAUAACAUUGUUACUUCUAACUGAAAUGUGUGUUUUUGAAGGAUAACCACAGUUUAAGCCUUGAUAUUAACAUUAUCUUGUUAAAUCAUUCUUGUAUUCAAUUUGUUGUUUAAAUAACAUAAAGCCUUUAUUGUGAUUGUAUUUGCUGGAUAAGAAGCUUUAUUUUCAAUAAAUAAAAAAUGUUUAUUCACAACAA